AUGGAGCGCACGCGGGGGCAUCGGCGGCGAAAGCUCUCCGUCGCCGCCGGCGUCGGCGUUGGAGGUGGCGAGGACCGCCUCAGCGCGCUGCCGGACGACGUCCUCAUCCACAUCCUCCUCAAGCUCCGCGACGCCCCCGUCGCCGCUCGGACCAGCGUCCUCGCCCGCCGCUGGCGCCGCGUCUGGGCUCUCCUCCCGGAGCUCCAUUUCCCCGUCGGCACUGACCCCGACCGCAUCCGCGCCGCCCUCACCGCCCAUGAUGCGCCGGCCCUCCGCCAUCUCUUCGUUGCAGGCAUCGAGGCCACCCCCGAAAUCGCUGCGGCAUGGCUCCCCAUCGCCGCGCGCCGCCUCUCUGGUGUCCUGCAUUUCAAGAACACGGGGGGCAUGAAUGGUGCCUCCGCCGGGGAAAGAGGUACCUUGAAGUUGCCUUGCUUCGAGAAAGCAACCAAGGUCGUGCUCGAUCUACAUUCUAUUGGCCUCACCCUGCCGCCUUCCGGCGUAUUUACCCGGCUCACCGAUCUGGAGCUGGUUCGCAUACAGCUGCACGGUCCGUGUAGCCUCAGUGACGUUGUCUCUUCACCACGGUGUCCAUCUUUGCGCCGCCUUUCCGUUUGCAGUGUCAGGGGUCUGGAGAACUUCACAAUCCAGUCGGAAUCUCUCGUACAAUUGGAACUGAGGAGUUUGCAUAUCUUGCAGCAGCUCAAUAUCGUUGCCCUGUCUCUGCAAAAAUUAAAAGUAUUCCUUUGCUUCACCAAUCCUCUGAAUGAAGGUCAACCAGUUGCCAACAUCUCAGCCCCUCAGCUGGUGACACUUGAUUGGAGAAGUGCUUAUGACCCUAGCUCCGUUUUGUUUGGCGAGAUGCCAAAUCUCCAACAACUGACCACCAAUCCUCUUUUUGUAUAUGGAGACGAUAUAUUUUCUGGACUUAAUCAUCACAGCUUGAUGCUUCCACAACAUUUUCACCACAUCAGAAAAUUUAUUCUCAUCCUUUUCUAUCUGCAGGUCCGUGGCAACGAACGGUUCUUGAUGGAAGAGAUGACAAAGUUGCCUAACAUUACCAUCUUGGGACUGGUGGUAUUGGCAUGUGGACAUUCCUUUGGAGCCAGCUCAUUCCAUGUUCUCAAGAUGUCUAGCGGUAUAAGAGAGCUGAUGCUUCAACUUGUUACUCGGAGCGAGUCUAAGGCAUUUGUGUGCCAACCAGGUUGCAUUUGUGCUGAGCCAUCAAAUUGGGAAACUGAGGACCUCGUGCUACCUUGCCUCAAAGAAGUAGCAAUCAACGGUCUGAGAGGAACUGAACAUGAACUCGCUCUUGUGGAAAGGUUAUUCAAGUGGGCAACAACGCUAGAAAGGGUGACGAUAAUUUUCCAUGACUCGAUCUCUGAAAGCAACGGCGAAGAGUUCCGCCAGUUGUUACUAAGCUUCUCUAGGCCAGCAAUAUGUAUGGAAUUCUCGCAUUGCGGAGGAAGUUUAUCAUUUGACUAG